GCCAUUGACGGUUACUUCUCUUCAAAUCGCCUCUCCAAAAGCAUGAUAAACGUGCUUCGCUUUAGCUUCACCUGCAAGAGUGUCCUAUCAUUUUUUGGUGCGGCAGUUUAAUCAACGUGCUAAAAUAAGUAUGUAUAUUUAAAAACAAAGAAUUCGAGUGCUGUUGACUUUAGAUUGCUUCGUUGUGUUGCCGUAAUUUAGUACUGCAAUCCAUUCUGGGCUCGCAUGCAGGGUAACCACUUGUAUGCUCAGUGACCGAUUAUGCUGAUUAUUUAGCCACCAAAGCUGAACUGGAAGGAAAUAACCGCAAUAGCCUAGCCAAUAUUUAUAUAAAAUUCCUGUUAGAUCUAUUGAAUUUUUCCUAAAUAAUUAAAAGCACCAUGGAUAACCUUGAUGCACCACAAUGGGCAGAUUUUAUUGCUCCAAGUCCACAGGUGACUCAGGAUGACUUUUUUUUACGCCAGCAUGAAGCACACGAGUACAGAUGUAAAUCUGACUUGGCAGAUUUCGAUCAAUCACCAAAUCAUUCUGUAAAAUCUAACUUGAGCAAGCAUGCGCUGAAUGAAUCUUGUGUCAACGAUACAAUAUUUGAAAAGACUCCAAAGCCAGUAAAAAGUAAUAAGGGUAGAACUUCCAGCUGCAGGAAGAGUAGAGUCAAAGAGGUAACACAUGAGGAUGCAUUGACCGAGGCUAUGAAAAACUUGCAACUGUCCAUGCAAAAGUAUAAAGGUGAUAAGUCUAUGAACAAGUCGUGCCUCAUGGAUUCACCUACUACGUUUAAAACACCACAAAGAGUGACAAGAUCCAUGUGUGCAUCGAUGAACACGCCCAAACAUGACUUGGAUGAGUCUCACUAUGUUUCAUUUGAGCAGGACAAGUUGGAGGACGAGCAUGAUCAUGACGGUAUUGACAAAAAUGAGGAAAAUGUACAUACUAAGGGCUGUAAUCAUGUUGAGGUAAAUAUUCGACUGGAUGAUGAAUGUGAGCCCAUUGACGAAAAAGAGAGAAAAACAUUGGAGCAAGAUCAAGAUAGCUCAACAAAUGAGCAGACAUCUCAAAUAAAACUUGAAGUUUCCGAAACUAGCUUGGAGCCAGAUACUUCUGAUGAAAAAGUGGAACCGGAACCAGAACCAGAAAUCAAAGUAGAUGAUGCAGUCCAGGAUAAUCAAAGCAAGCACCUUCCAAAAAGCAAAAUUGUCACGUCCUUUGAUCCGUUCCCUGCCUCUAAAAGUAAUGAUUCAAAGAAAAAAAUUGCAACAUUAACUGGUAAUGCAUGGCACAGACAAGUUAAACGUCAUGUAAGUCUCACGAAUCAACGGCGGCUGAGCAUGAGCAAAAAUUUAGCCACAAGUAAGUACGUGAGCAUGGCUGAAGCCGUUACCAAGUUUCAGCGAACAACGCCGCAACGAUUCCACUCUGUAAAUGUAAAAAGCACAAAAGCCGAGUUAUUAAAAAAGCAAUCGCUAAAAUUGACGAGAGCAACGUCACCGGCUUUGAUGUGCAAAAAGAGGACCAGACCUGUGACAGCAAUGAGCAGAGAAGAACGAGAGAAAUUAGAGUUAGAGAAAAUUCGUCAGAAUCAGAUUAAAGCCAAUCCAGUUCGUAAGGAUAUCUUAAAAAAGCCAGCUCCUCUGAAAAAAGUGGAAAAGAAGUUGGUCACUUAUCCAGAGCCUUUCCAUUUGACUCAGACUAGGAAAGAUCAGCCUCCAGAUUUUAAACUAAAUCAGACUCAAGAAUUCAAGAGAGCUCGUAGAGUACCGGCAAAAACGGUUCCAACUAUCGUCUCUACUAAGGAAAAAAGCGUUGUAAUUAAGGAAGAGGAAGUGUUAUACUUUGGUAUUCCAUUAGACCCAGUCAACAUGAAAAAAAAGACCACAAAAAUAAUGCCAUUUAGCUUUGAAGCGCGCAAUCGGGAAUUGCAAGCAAAAAAGAAAGAGAAGUUGCAAAAGCUCAAAGAGUCGGAGCAACAGAAAAACAAAUCCGAAUUUCACGCCCGUCCUGUACCAACGGCAGUCAAAACCCCAUGCAGAAAUCUAUCGGCUCCAAAAGCUGCAUCAGCAAAUAAAGCCAAAAAAAUAACCAUCGCCCGUACGUUGAGCUUUGAUGAUAGAAAUAGGGAGAUGCAAAAGAAAAAAGAGGAAAGAAUAAAACAGAUGAUGGAAGAAGAAAAAAAACUCCGAACUUUUAAGGCUCAGAAAGUUCCAGAAUUUAAGCCUGUAUUGGUAAGAGGAAGAUCUAAAGAUAGUUUGCAUAAAAAAUCGAAUGAAAACUUGGUAACAAAGCCUCAGAAUGAAAUUUAUAAAUCAAAAGUAGAUAACGUGCCGAAGAAAGAGAAUUUUACGACUGUACUGACAAAUAACAUACCGGUAACGAAAAAAACCUACGCAAAUUCGAUGAAAAAUCUUAUCAAGAAGACGAUUCCAUUCGUAGCACCUAAGAAAGUGAGUCCAUCAUCAACUGCCACUGAAAAUCAAGAAAAUAAAAAUAAUGGCCCAGUUCCAAAGAUUUUGGAGCCCAAAUGUAAGCUUUCUCAAAAAUCCGUUUCUGUUUUAACAGAACUCAACACAGACAAACGAGCUAAACAGCGAAAAGAUUUCGAGGAGCAGAUGAAAAAAAAAGAAGCCGAAGAAGCUGAACUUAAAAAGGAAGAGGAACGAGAAAAAUUAGAAAGAGAAAAAGCUGAGAACAUUGAAUUGAGAAAAAAAAUGGAAGUCAAAGCUAGACCGAUGCCCGUUUUCAAGCCACCAAGCAUUAUAAAAUCAAAUAAACCAUUGACAGAAGCUCAAAGUCCACAUUGGGCUAAACCAAAAGCAAGUUCAUCGAUCGAUUGACAAUGAGAGGUUUUUCUCAAAUUUAAAAAAAAAUUAUUUUACUAACUUGCUCAUUAAGUAAGAUACUUUUAUGUUAUUUAACGUAUUAUGUGUUGGUAAUAUAACGUUGUUUUCAAAGCUCCAUUUUUUAAUUCGUUUCUAAAAUAUAAUUAA